AUGAUGGGAAACGAAGAGGCGGAAAGCGAUGCAGAACAAGAACGAGAGCUACCAGAUAGCCAAGAAGAGUACUCCGAAGGAGAGGAAGUCGUAGACCUUGACGAAAACGCUGGUCAAGAACGACGAGAAAUAUUAGUAGCAGAGAGAGCAGAAUCGAGGAGUGAGAAACGAAAUGAAUGAGUAAAUAAAAAGAACAGCUGUAGGAAAUUUGAGUGAUCGAUACGUCUAUUUACUGCAAAGAGAAGUUUCGAACUUCAUGACAAGCACACAAGUGGACGAUAUGUUUGAGGACGCCGCGGUGAUUGCGGAGGUACCCGUAAUUUUCAGAAUGAAUUACGAGAAGUACAAGGUAGACUUCUUGAGAAAGUAACAGGUUUUGGAAAAAGAGUGACCUAGUCGAUUAAGGUUUGAAUUGAAAGAAAAAAACUUUUUGUCGAUGCGGCUUAAACGUGAUGAGCGAAAGAUCGAGAUGCGUGAAUUUUGAUUGUGGAGAGUAAGUUGAAAAGAGAAAGAAUUCAUUUGUGUUCAGAGAAAUACCAAAAGCGAGCACGUCUUCAGAAAGAGGAAAAGUGUUGCUAGCCAAUCUGAUUCCUCAAUUGGAGGGAGUUUUAAAAGACGAAUUAACGACAAUAUUGAAAGUACACGACAAUCAUCAUCAAGGCGUUGUCGACGGGGAUGGAAGCUAUGAAGCAUCGAAAUCUUUCGCAGUGAGAAUGAUGUUGAGACCAAAAAAAAAAAAAAAAUUUCCUUUAGGAAUUUUGCGAAACGAAAGACGAGUUUGGAAAAAAAGUUGUGAGGCUUAGUGCUAUUCUAACUACUGACGGGUUUUCUUACGAAAGCAAGGGAGUGAAGAGGUCACAAGUUUGGCCAAUCACUAUGGCUCUUCUAGACCUUCCAGCCUCAAAAAGGUUUUUAACGAGAAACCUAUUGACAGCAGGGUUGUAUCGUGGACAGCAUAAACCGAGUUUACCGGGUAGGACGAAACAGAUUUCAAAAAAACGCAAGAUUUUCAGAAUGGAAUGAACUGAGUGGCCACGUUCUGGACGAAAUUAGACAGUUCCCAGUGUUUGCCGUCAACGGAGAAGCCCAGUAUGAAGUACACUUCAAAAUAGCUCUUGCUGUUCUCGACUUUGAGGUAGUUUAGGAAACAAAUUGAAUAGAGAAGUAUCUUUCUAGGCUUUGAGAUCAGCUUACCGGAUAAGGCUCUAUGAGUCGGGUGUGUGCAACUGGUGCGAUAUACAAGGAAUACGGCUGAAUGGAGCGCCAAGGUACUCAUGUGAAAGAGGAACGGAAAAAUCGGACGACUAUCACAAGAUGAGCAGUGAGAACAGUAGCAAUGAGUACAAAGGUAAAAAAAAAAAUUAAUGCAAAAAGCGAUCUCAAAAAUGCAGAGAAGGCUCUGUUCCAAAGACUUGUUAGUCCUGCUCGUGCUGUUGUUGAUUCCCUUCAUGUGAUAGCAGAGGGGUUUUUGAAAAGUAUAUACAAAGGUGGAGUGAGAGGAAAAGUGGAAUAAUUCUUCUCGUAUCAUACUCAGAUAUCGAGCAGACCAACAAAUUCAGACCUCGGCUCCGAGUGAACACGAAAAUUUUGGAGGAAGUCGAGAAAAUUGGGUAGUCGUUUAUGUAUUAAAAACUGAUUCCAUUCUUAUUGCAAUUAGAGUUAAUUUAUAUUUAAAAAGUGUCGAACUGUAGUUGAUAUCAAUUAAGAUCACGCUAAUUUCGAGCUUGUAGUGGGAAAACGAAGCUACCGACGUAUAUAAGCGCUCGACUAAUAUCUUUGACCAACACAGCUGUGAUGUCAGCAAAAGAGCUGUUGAUGGUCUGAAAGAUUGGGAAAAAAAUUUUCAGUUCUCGUACUGUAGGCUUCGCAUUUGGUUCUACCGAUCAUAUGCCUCGAGAAGUACAUUGAUGAUGACAUAACGGCUUCCUACACGUUGGCCAUUAGCUGCAUAUUGCGAGCACUUUAUAGUGAGGGACUCGGCAAAAAGGAAUUGUGUGAAAUGGCCUAGUGCGAUUGAAUCUCUUGGAUCGAUGUGGGAAGCAGUGUUCAGCCCGAAACCACGACAAUAAAAAAACGCAUGUAUGUGGAAAAGAAAUCCUACUGACCUAAGCAAUUUUUAGGCUUUCUUUGCUCAUUUACCGACCCAGCUUCGCCAGUGCGGCAACGUUAUCGAUCUUGACAGCAGCGGAUUCGAACAUUCAUAUAUGGAUUAUAAAAAUUCAACUGAACCCUCACAACACGAGAAACUUCGAUUUUGUCAGCACUGGAAAGGUUAAAAAAAGACCAAAGGAACCCAUCCAACAACAUAAUUUAGACUGUUACUAUCUCGGCACUCUCUAUCAGAAAUGGAAAGCCGGAGCGUCGAUACAGCGAUACGCGGGCUUCGACGUUUAUACGAACGCCGGCAAAGAAAUCGGUGGGAAAUAUGUUGAAAGAGCAUUUAACGGUUCUCUAGGGACAGCGAACGGGCGGUUUAUUUUUUUCGCGGCGGAGGUAGAUCAUGGCGACUAUCAAUGCGCCUUCCACAAAAGGCUGGAUUAAUGAUUCAUUUAUUUUUUUAAUUUGUAUUUCGUUGAUCAAAAAGAAAACCUCUAAACUAUUGAAAUUAUAGUAAACGAAAAAGUAAAUUCAAUAGAAACAGAAAUAAUUCAUCAAGUGAGGAUAAAGGCGCACACAUGGCUGCCAUGAUCUACCAUCGCCGCGCAAGUUAAACCGCCCGUUCGCUGUCCCAAGCCAGCCGUGAACUGGCUAUAUGAGAUAAUAGAGUUAAUAAAAGAAAUGGAGUGAAAUGAAUGGCAAAAAGAGAAAAUUGUUAUAGGAAACGUGGAGCAAAGCCUAUCACCAAUGCUGAUCCACACCUAGCUGGAAAACCAGCACGACACCCGCUACCAAACGCCUAUGCCUAUCCGUCCUACCAUGCUUUGCUGCAAGAAAUCGGAAGCGAACGCAGCAUAGUCAUAUAGUAAUUUGAAAGACGAAAUUUAUAAUCUUUUGUAAAUUCAGUCCGAGAGUUUACACACGCGGCAUGACCCUUUGCCAGUCACUUAUAUUGGGGAGAGCCAGAGACAACGCAACAAGACGUCGUGUCAUUCUACUCUAA